AAUUUUUUUCGUCGUUCUUACAGAGUCUCUCGUUUUCCACCGCGUUCUGUUACGCCUGGCGACACAUCAUGCGAAUGGAGCUGCAGCAGCGCAGUGCUAAUUUUGUGACCGCCUUCAGCGGGACGUUCGAGGAUAACGAUCUGCAGUUCGGCAUCGUCAUGAUGCUGCUGGAUGCGGCCAUCUACUUCGCGAUCGGAUGGUUCUACGAGCGGAUGACUCACGAGGACACCACAUUCAACAAAGUCAGUAGGAUCAAGCUUGAUAAAAGUAUUGGAGCUGAGCUUCGUAACGUUGAUGUCAUCUACGAAAACAACAAGAAGGUUUUGGACAACGUUUCGGUGACCUUCAAACGUGAUGAGGUCACAUGUCUUCUUGGCCGGAAUGGUGCAGGAAAAAGUACCAUAAUAAAGCUUCUUACGGGUCAAAUUCUUCCGGUUGAAGGAGACGUCCAUCUACCGCUGGAUUAUGACCUCAUCACCGGCAUGAAGAACAACGCGGAGAAAAUCGGGCUGUGUUCUCAGAACGAUGUUCUGAUUCCAAAUCUCACUGCCAAGGAGCACCUGCAGCUGUACGCUCGGAUCAAGCUGACCAAGGGUUUCGAAACCGAGGUUCAGCGGACCCUCGAUAACCUCAAAAUGGGUAAAUACAAACACUACCGAGCUUCCGAACUGUCCGGAGGCUUCAAACGUCGACUGUGCAUAGCAAUUGCUUUUCUUGGAUCGCCAAAUUUGGUAAUUUUGGAUGAACCCUGCAGCAGUGUGGAUACCAAAGCACGAAAGUACAUUUGGGAGUUGAUUCAAAUGUUGCGUAAGGACCGUGCCGUCAUUUUAGCUACCCAUCAUUUGGAUGAGGCGGAAUCGUUGAGCGAUAAGGUUGUUGUGCUGGAGAAUGGUAAAGCUAUUCUAGAACAGAGUCAUGAGGAGCUGAAGAACUACUUCACCAAUACGAUCUACCUGGAGCUGACACUUAAAAGUCUGUCGGAAUCUGCCAACUCGGGUCUGGUUGCGGAGUUGAACAAACUGCUAGACCACCAAGAGGAAAUGAGUUACGAAACAACCAAACUACCUCGUAAUCGACUCGAGUACAAGAUAAACUACACCGGAACCAAUCCGUCAAAUAUUGAUCUGCAAUCACUCUUCGACCAGUUGAACACUCUCCAGGACCAGAAGCAGAUUCUGUCGUACGAUGUCAAGAACGAAAAUCUGAUGAACAUCUUCAAUUCAGUGAACUCCAAAGAAAGUUUGCCUUCUUGCAACGGUGAGCCGGACAUAGUUUCGGCGAACGGCUUCCACACCGAGAAACCUACCACGGAAUCUUUGAGUCCCGGUGAAUUGAUUGGUAAUCUUCUGCGCAAAAAAUUUCUUCAUUUCCGCCGAAACUAUCGGCUUCUGAUAUGUAUUCUUGUGCUGCCGACAAUCUUUGAAAUCAUUGCCAUGUUCUUCAUGACCAUACGGCCUCCGGGUGAACACGAUAAGGUGCUCGAAUUCUCUCCGGAUCUUUACCGAAAUGCGGCCGAAUUCUACACUUUAUCUGGCAACGGGACCGAGUUCCAGCAAACGAUUGACUCCGAAGUGCUGAAAUACUGCGACGUUGAAGCGAACUGCCACACCUUCAACGCUUCGGAAGAUGCCUUCCGAUGGCUGCUGCGGACUGAGGCGGAAUAUCCCGAAAGCCGAUACGGUGGCCUGACUUCUCGGAAGGACAAGCACGUAGUUUGGUACAACAACAAGGGCUAUCACUCGAUGCCGAUCUGGUUGAACAUGCUGGACUCAGCAGUGUUGAAGGCUGAACUGGGCAAUGAUUCUUACAGCAUUCGCACUACCAAUCAUCCACUGAAAAUCGAGGAAGAUCAGCUUACACUUUCGUCGAUUCUUCAACAGGUAGCCGAUGCAGGAAUAUCCCUUAUUCUGCUGGUGGCGUUCAGUUUGGUCAUCGCCGGAGCCUCCGUGUACAUUGUGAACGAGCGUAUUCGCGGCGAUAAAAUGCAGCAACGGCUAUCUGGGGUGAAACUUGGAUAUUAUUGGGGCGUUACCUACCUGUGGGAUGCAAUGAUAUUCCUGGUGGCCGUAGUGCUUGCGUUGAUAGUGUUCAGUGUAUUCGCUAUUCCUGCAUACGUAGACAAAGAUCAGCUCGGUGGUAUUUGUUUACUGCUACUGUUCUACGGUUUCGCAACCAUUCCAGCGGUACACCUGUUCGAGAAACUGUUCAACGACGCUAGCUUCGCCAACAUGUCACUGUUCUGCUUGAACGUGAUCACCGCACUCGGUACCCUUACGAUCAUCAUCCUAUUCGACAUUCUCGGAGAAACGGAUACUUCCGAACACAUGCGAAACUUCCUCAAUCGAAUGUUCCUGAUCCUACCGCAGCACGCUCUCUCCGAUGGGCUCAUCGAACUGUCCAAGAACUACAUCCAAGCGGAAAUCUUCAAACGAUACUACAUCGACACCUACAAGUCGCCAACAACUUUGCUAAAACCGCACAUGAUCGCCCUCGUAGUCAUGGGAAUCGUCUUCAUGAUCCUAAACAUCAUCGUCGAAAAGAAGAUCGUCCAGAAGUUCUUCCUCGAGGCUGAGUCCGGUCUCGGUCCAUCGUACGAGCUGAAGGUGGUCCUUUCGGACGAAGCCGUGCUCAAUGGUAACGGGAAGAAGAAAUCGGUGACCGCCGAUCAGAUCCUGUCGGUAGAUCAUCUGACCAAACGCUACCGGAAGGGUGAACCGGUCGUUAACGACGUCACCUUCAAGAUACACUAUGGCGAGUGUUUCGGCCUGCUAGGGACCAAUGGGGCCGGUAAAUCUACCAUCUUUUCGAUUCUCUCCGGGGAGCAGCUUCAGAGCGCCGGUAGCUUCUGUUUGUUUUCAUUGAAUGGUCUAUCAUACUGCCCGCAGGGUAGUUUUCUGGAUCCGUUGCUCACCGUGGAGGAGGUGAUCGAGUUUUACGGUCGACUGAGGAACGUUGAAAGCAUCGAUAAGCUGGUCAUCGAAACCCUGCGGGAGUACCACCUGGAACCGUACAAGCGCAUUCUGGUGAAAAACCUCAGCGGAGGCAACCGACGCAAGCUGUGCGUUGCGGUAGCCUGCUUCGGCUACACCGAUCUAAUCCUGAUGGACGAACCGACCAGCGACAUGGAUCCGGUGACGCGAACCAUCGUGUACCGAACGAUCGAACGGCUCAACGCCCAGAACCGGUCGGUUCUGCUCACUUCCCACAGUAUUUCCGAGAUCGAUCGGAUCUGCCAGCGGAUAGCGAUCCUCAAGGAUGGCAAACUGCUCACCGUCGAUACGCCCGGCAGCCUAACCGAUCGGUAUGGCAACAGCUACCUGGUCACGAUCUACAUGGAGGACAACAAGGAGGUGGAUCUCAGCAGGAGUAUUGAACGAGAGUUCCGGCUCAGCCAAGAAUUGAUUCAGAACAAAAAUUCGCUACAGUUUGUGUGCAAGAUCCAACCAGACCUGCGGAAGCAAGGAGGCAUCGAAAAGCUGCACAAAAACAGUCAAGUUACGAUUAAUCUUGGCAAUGGCACCGGCAGCGACAAUACGACUGGGUCGUCGUCCUCAAUCACCAGCAUAAGCGAGCUGGUCUUGAAGCUGCACCUUUUUGCUCAAAAACAUCAACUGCGGUACACGGUGGCACGAUGCUUGCUGGAUCAGGUAUUUGAAAACAUUCUACAGAACCACGAGGAGGAACACGUCAAUUCGGGUUUCGUGGAAAGCUGAAGCAGGUCCUCAUAUCUCCUCAAUCUUAUCCAUCCCCUUAAUCUAGCUGUUAGGUAGCUGUUACGUACUUAAUUUGAAGAUUGCUUAUAGGCAAUCAAUAACCAAUAAAUGGAAGAAUGACA